ACCCACUUUCCCAUUCUCUCCCUUGUUUUCUCAGCCUUUCUUUCUCUCUAUAAAUUUCAUCUUUGUUUUCUCUCUUUCGUUUCGUUUCUUUAUGAUUUGAUCUUUCGUGGCAGGUCGUCACACACACAAAAAAAAGAAAAAACAAUGGAUGGAGAAGAAGGAGGAGGUUCCACCGCCGCAUCCUCUUGCUACUACUCUGUUCUUGGCCUCCGCAAGGACGCCUCCUUCUCUGAUAUUCGCUCCGCCUAUCGCAAACUCGCCAUGAAAUGGCAUCCGGACAGGUUUGCGAAGAAUCCAGGGGUGGCGGGGGAAGCGAAACGGCGGUUUCAGCGAAUCCAGGAGGCUUACUCUGUACUUUCCGAUGAGACUAAACGGUCAAUGUACGAUGCCGGGCUCUACGAAGAUGAUGACGAAGACUUCUAUGAUUUCAUGGAAGAGAUGAUCUCCAUGAUGAACAAUGUAAAAGGCGAGGGAGAUAGUUUUGAGGACCUUCAAAGGAUGUUCAUGGAGAUGGUGGAUGGAGACAGCAUGAGCUUUGAUUUCAAAGUCGAUCAAACGGCUAGCAAGAGACCACGUGUCAACACUUCGAAUGGUAAACGCAGCAGUUCUGUAUGUUGAUGCGAUGUGGUCGAUCACAUCAGAUUUUGUUUGUUCUAGUCUUGUAAUUCUCCCCAAAUUUAAGAAAUGUAAUUUGAUUCAAUUGA